UUACUUAUUAUUAUUGAUUGAAUAUAUGUUUUAUUUAUGUAAAAAGUGAGGAAAAAAUGAUGUGGAUGAUGGGAAAAAACUAAUCAAAAUUGAUAAUUUUGAUCAACUACAGAUCGACUUCAACCCACUGUGCGAGCUGAGAUGUAACGCGAUGAUAAAUCAAAACAAUUUUAGCGGAAGCUAAAAUUGCGCCAAGCACCCUUUGUAAAAUUGCGCCAAUCACGUAUUGUAUUUGAAAUGGAAUUUUCAUUAAAUUGUGUUCAUAAAUGUGAAAACUUGCAAAAGAAAACACUGCACUGACGCUUGUCCAUCUCAAAAUCAUCAGACCUUGAUUUCCUUGACUGAGACCUUGACUGACCGACUCCUUACCCUCAAAACUAGGCAACACUGAAGGAGCUGUAGGAGCGAUCUGCAGAGGCAUCUGAUGGUUGACCCUCUUUGGCAGAACACUUCUUAAUCAAACAACUAUUGGCAGGCAGGUGUCUCUGAAAACGAAACAAAAUUCAAAGUUCCAGAGCGACAGCUGGAUUGACUUUUAGAGCUCUUUAUUUGCCCAAGUGCCCGAAUCGAAUGUGUUUAGUUUCAAAGUCCGUAAACAAAUCGCUGGUAGACAUCUUCAAUCUUAUUCGCAAAAGCCGAUGACAAUGGAGUUUCAGUUGGGCAAACUUCCAAUCAAAUGGGGCGAGGCCCUAUAAAAGGUUGGCCCAUCGAGGGAGAUUCAUCAAUCCGAGAAUGAAGCCAACAAGUAUCUUAUUUCUGGGAGUUCUACUCCUGGCGACCUGCCUGCGGACCAGCACAGCUGUCACCUGCACUGCGGACCCCACCGUGACAGGCUGCAUCGACUGUACCACGGAAACGACCAACCAGGAGUGCGUGGAUGAGGCGGCCGCCGCCACCCCCACUCCGGCUCCCACCACCACCACACCGACAGCCACACCGGCCCCCACCACUGCCACGCCCGCCCCCACUACCGGCUCCUCGUCAUCGACCACGGCCCCAGACUCAUCCACUCCUGCCUCUCCCAGCGCAACUCCAGCGCCCAAUGCCAACUCGCCGGCCGCCAGCGACACAGCCUCUCCGACAGGACCCUCCGCCGCCCAGAGAAGGGCGAUCCAGAGAAGACGCGCCCGCAGGAGGGCUGCCAGGAGGAGGGCCCAGAGGCGCAGGCAAGCCCGCCGAAGGCAAAACAGAAACAGAAGGCAGAACCGCCGCUCCGGCUGAACUACGCUUUCUGAUGAAACCAUAUGAAAAUACGAAACAUGAAUAA